GGAAGCGGGGGGGACGGGGGGGACAUGUCCCCCCCAAUAUUGAAGCCAGGUGGAUAUGUCCCCCCCAAAAAACUGUACCGCAAAAUAUUGGAUUUUGAAAUUUUUUUAACUAGCGUGCUUUUAUUUUGAAGGCGCAGCAUCGCGUUACGUCACUGUACUCCCCCUCCCCUCUCUGAACUGCUGAGUGAGCACUCAGAAGGGAGGGAAACAGCGACACAGAAGUCAGAAACUUGUGAAUGAGGAGCAACAAUGCAGGGACAGCACAAAGGAGACAGGAAAAGGAGAGGAUAGUGCAACCGGGCUAGAGGCAGGAAGUCAGAGUGAGGGAGAGACAGGAGUGGAGCAACAGGUAAGACAGAGUAACUCAUACCAGUAGAUACUUCAUGAGAGUCCACAAAAAAAGUUGAAAAUUUUAAUCUUUUGCUUGUAGUAAGUGUAGUUCAGGGGCAUUGAGUGACAUUGUAACUUUUCCUUCUAGGGAGUUCAGACUAGGGACACACAGCUGAGAGACUCUGAAGUCAGUGGACAGAGAACAGAGCCAAAUCAGCCACAUCCAAAAUUCAUAGACCCUCAAGCUCUAGCCAACAGAACUUUACAUUUCCAAGGAAAGUGGUACAAGGAAUUUCCCUGGCUACAUUAUGAUGCAGUGAAAAAGGGCAUUUUGUGUUUUUAUUGCAUGGCAAUUUACCAGGACAAACUCACACCAUUUGGUGCAAAAUCCGAACCCGCCUUUAUCACUUCUGGAUUUAAAAAUUGGAAAAAAGCAUUCGAAAAAUUUAAAGCACAUGAAAAUAGUCACACACAUCAUCAUGCUGUUUCUGUGACUGCACAAGAAAGUCAUCCUAUAAAUGCCCAAUUAUCCAGUGCUUUGGCAACUCAGCAAGGUGACAAUAGGCACUGUCUGGAGAAAAUUGUGAGCUCCAUAAAAUAUUUGGCACGGCAGGGACAAGCUUUGAGAGGGCAUGACGAUGAUGACAGCAAUUUGUAUCAACUGUUGAAAAAUCUGGCAGAAGAUGAUGCCCUUUUGGCUAAGUGGUUGCUGAGGUCUCAGAAAGAAUACCUAAGUCCACAGAUACAGAAUGAAAUCUUGUGUUCUAUGAGCAAUAGUAUUGUCAGUGAAAUAGCAGAUACAAUCAGAAACCUACCAAUUUUUGAGUUUGCAAUUAUUAUGGAUGGAACACAGGACAUUUCUGGGAAAGAACAAGAAAGCAUUUGUCUGCGAUACAUUGACAGUGACAUGAAGCCCCAUGAAGAGUUUAUUGGCUUGUACUCAGUUUCUGAAACAACAGGAAAAAGCCUUGCUGCUGUUGUUAAAGAUGUGCUGCUCAGAUUAAACUUACCAAUGCAUGGUUUACGAGGUCAAACUUAUGAUGGAGCAGCCAAUAUGUCUGGGAAGCAUGCAGGUGCACAGGCACUGAUAAAGCAAGAGCAGCCACUAGCACUUUUUGUUCAUUGUGGAGCACACUGCACUAAUUUAAUUGCACAGAAAGCUUGCUUAGCCUCAGUUCUGAUCAGAGACGCAUUGGAUUGGGUGAACCAGCUUGGAGUUCUUUUCUCUCAGUCAGGGAAGUUUAAGGCAAUCCAUGCAGCAACAGCACAUACAGAGAAUCCAUCGUGCACUGCAAUAAAACCCCUCUGCCCCACAAGAUGGGCAGUACGGAGCAAAGCAAUCAGAGAUGUUUUGUCACAGUAUGGGUCAGUGCUGGCUAGCUUGCAGGAGAUGGCUUCUGGUGCCUCAAACACAGCAUCCACUGCUAAUGGACUGCUGGGGCAGUUUAGGAAAGGUAAAACAGUUUUGGGUCUCAUCCUUGCCUCACCUGUGAUUGAUAAGCUUGAAUGCCUGAGCAUCUCUUUCCAGAAGAGAACUCAAACCAUUGCUGGAAUGAGGACUGCUGUGAAAGUUGUUCAGACUUCACUUAAGGCUAAAAGAAAUCAAGAAAGUUUCAACACUCUUUUUGAAAAGGCGAUGGCUGAGGUUCAGUCUUUGGGUGUUAAACCCAUCACAGUUACACAGAGAAGGCCACCCCCAAAACGCUUCACUGAAGGAGCUAAGACACAUCAACCUGAAUGUGCCAAGGACCACUACAGAGGUGAAUUCUUUAAAGUAUUGGAUGUUGUAGAUGCACAGCUCACUGGGCUAUUUAACCAGGAUGACUUGCUGACUUUGCAAAAGUUGGAAGAGACACUUCUCAGUGGAACGAUUGAUGCUGCAGUCAUUGGGAAAUACCCAGAGUUGAAUAGAGAGUUACUUUCAGUGCAACUUUCUAUGUUUAGACUGAACUACUCAUUUAGCAACAGCGCAGAAGCUGCAGGGAUCAUUGGUGGACUGCCUGGAGAGGUCCGUAGACUUUUUGGGCAAGUGGAAACUCUGGUCAGGUUGCUUUUGGUAGUCCCCGUUUCAUCCUCUGAGGCAGAGAGAAGUUUCAGUGCGCUUCGUAGACUCAAAACGUGGCUCCGGUCUACAAUGACUCAAAACAGGCUUAAUCAUGUUGCUGUCUGUCAUGUACAUAAAGAAACUUGAU